AACAACCACAGGAGGGGCUGAUGAUGUUUAAAGAAAAAACAUAAAGAAAAGAAAGACUGACAGAAACAGAAAAUGGCUGAUCAGUGUCACAUGUGUCUGCUGGGACUGAUUAUUCUCUGUCCACUUCUGAAAGGUGAAGCAGAAGUAACUCAUGUGUUCAGCAGUUCUGGUGAAAAUGUCCGUCUGCCCUGUAAUAAUGCUCUUUCUGGCUGCACAUCAACUACAUGGAUCUAUACCAGACAUUCAGAGACAGUUGAACUGAUUACUGGAGGGAUAAAGAGGAAUGACACAGAGAGACGUGAGAGACUGAGUCUGGGGUCUGACUGCUCUCUGAACAUCAAGAAAAUCACACAAGAAGAUUAUGGGCUUUACACCUGCCGACAAUUUGUGAAUGGAAAACAAGAAGGAACUGAUUCACCUGUUUAUCUGCAUUUUCUUCAUGUCUCUUCAUCACCCUCACAGACUGAGAUCAGCCUAGGCAGCUCUGUGACUCUCUACUGUCAGUUGUAUUAUGAUGGAGUUUCUUGUGAUACUUUGGUCCGUACUGAGGGAAUUCAGCUGGCCUGGGUGAAUCAGGCUCGUGUUAGUGUGAUGACAGACUCCAGAUAUCAGAUAUCAUUCUCCUCAACACACUGUAACAUCACUCUGACUACAACACUCCUGAAUGAAGAUCUCAACAGAGAGUGGAGAUGUCAGGUUACUCAGAGAAACCAACUGAAGACCUCAGCCACAUAUACUGUCAAGUAUUCAGCUCCAGUUGAUUCAACAACACUGAUUCCAGUCAGCAGAUCAAACUCUGAGAAGAAAUCAAGCCGAACUACAGCAGCAGCUCCGACACAACCAGAUAAUCGGAUCAUUACCUCAAACUCUGGUGUGACUUCAGCUGCACAAAGAUCUUCAGUUACACAGCAAGCAUCAAUCACAGAGAAAACACAGAUUCCAGCUACUGCAGAGUCUCUUAAUCAAGUGACUGUGAUUGUUGGUGUUGUUUCUGCAUUGGCUGUUCUCCUUCUUGCUGUUAUUCUUUGGGCGAUACGUAAAAAAAAAUCUGAUAACAGAAGAGGGACUGAUGACUCUGUGGAGCAGAAAGAUGAUGUGAUUUAUACUGAGGUUGUCAAGUACAGUAAAAACAAAGCCAAAAAGAACAAGGUUCAUGGUGAUGAUAAAGUGACUUAUGCUUCCAUCAGAGGAGCAACAGCUGGACCUCAGGAUAACUGCAGUCAACUUUAUGCCUCUGUGAACAAGAACCAUCACAAAUAAGUAAAACAGUCAUUUAUUAUACAAAGACCUUGUAUAAUUGACUCCUUAGGGUUUUAUUCAGUGCCAUUAUAAUUACUGUCUUUCACAUGUUAACCCUUUGAUGCAUAACAUGGGUCAAAAAUGACCCGGCUGAGUUUUUAUUUUCUAUAUCUUUGCAAGAAAUUA